AUGGCUGGACACUUUGAGCAGUUCGUCGCGUUCGGGACCGAUAUCGUCGGUCUCGAGCGCAUCAUGCGCUUCAUCCAAUCCGUCAUUUCCAUUCUCACCUCCUAUCCAGCCCUGAUACCCAUUCUUCUCUCCCACCGGCCGCCCGCCGCUCACAAGACUGGUGCGCUAGUGAUGGGCGAGCUCUGCGACCUUCUCAACAUGACUCGCCGCGCUAUCCGCCUAUUCUGGUGCCUCGGCAGCUUCCAAUCCAGCUGGAACGUCUACGUCGUUCCCGAGAAGAGCACAGAAGAUUGGCUGUUCAUCCUGGCUGAUAGCUUCUUUGGACUUUUCGGCUUGAUGGAGUCGGUCACGCUGCUCGAUCUGUUGCAAGUCAGGGGCCUAUCCGUCUUCGGGCUCGACGAAGCCGUUAGGAUCGAUGGCCAGUCCAAGAGUGUGUGGCUUGCGGCGCUGGUUUGCUCAGCAUUAUGUACUGGGGUCAAAAUCUUCAAGACCUAUGUUGAACGCGCUGUGCCUGAGACGGGGAGCGGCUUUGGCGCUGCCACGAAUGAGAAGACGUCUGGCAAGGGCGACGAGAAAACACCCAAGGCUGCUGCCGUGAUGCGCAGACAACAGAGAGAGGCGGCAUCCAAGGAGACAAGCCGGAAGGUUCGCGCGCUGACCAGAAAGUUGCUCGCUGAUUUGCUUGACAUGGCGAUCCCGGCCUGGGCUACUGGUUUGGCGGACAUCCAUGUCGGCACGGUGUGCGUUGCCAUGCUUUUCAGUACAGUCCUGACGGGGUACGCUGUGUGGGAGAGAUGUGGUCAGGCCAUUGACCAGCGACGUUCUUGA